GGUGGCAUCGGAAGGUCGACGUUGCUCGUAUUGAUCCUCGCGUCAGUAGAGAUACCGCGCCUUCGCUAUUGGUAGCGAAAGAUUUAUGUGGCUCGUAAGGAUACUCAGUUAGACGUCGACAGCCAGACGGUUCAGUAGCAGAUAUGCCGUGGUAGUGUGAAGUUGGUCCCGAACUGAACUGCCACGGUGGGAGCCUCGAGAAGAGUGAUUUGAGUUUAUUAGUCAGCAAGUAGCGUUCGCGCGUGAAAAAAGCGGUCGAAGGGCGCGAGGGCAGGAUUAUUAGCUGUUACAACAAAUCCGUGCUUUGAAUUUUUCCUCAAGGAUGGCGUGUGAGGUUGAUAUAUAGCCGCAAUUGGUUGUUUGGUGCAGUUGCUGCCACAGCUAAUGGCAACCAGGGCGUGUUCAACUUGUUGCAUGUAUGAAUUCUGAAGUACUGCGAUAAGCAAGGUUAUAAGGAAAGAGGCACUUUUUCGUUGGUGAAUUUUUUUUGCUGCCAAUCGGAUUCGUUGUACUUUAUUUUGUCUGAGCUCGAGAUGGGGAAACGGAAAUUGGGUAUCCAAAGUGAGGACUGUGAUUUAUAGCGAAACUGCAGGGUUUUUUUAAUGGUUUAUCGUUUUGGAUUCUUUGUGGGUUUUUGAAAGAAGCAAAUAAAUACAUAACUAAUAUUGCUAGCAUAUAACACUAGGAUAUUAAGUGAUUUAUUGUAAGCAGUGUUAACGAGGAGAAGCGUUGAAAAUGGUAAACGAUAGCUACAGCUCGCUGGUGGUGGCCGCCUCGGCUGCCUCCGAGGGACAUUUUAAUAGUACUAUCUUACCAACAACGACGUCGUUCACUUCCGGAAUGACCCCGGAAGAGGAGGAAGAAAUAGAAAUGAUAGUUUCGCGAAUUGUGCCGAUCUUUUUCGGGCUCAUCGGAAUAACGGGACUGCUGGGAAACGCCUUGGUAGUGCUGGUGGUGAUUUCCAACCCGUUAAUGAGAUCGACAACAAAUUUGCUGAUCAUUAAUUUGGCUAUCGCGGACCUGCUGUUUGUGAUAUUCUGCAUACCAUUUACCGCAACGGACUACGUGCUGUCUUCCUGGCCGUUUGGAGAUUUAUGGUGCAAGAGUGUCCAGUAUCUGAUUGUCGUGACGGCGCACGCUAGCAUUUACACGCUGGUUCUGAUGUCGCUAGAUCGUUUUCUGGCGGUGGUGCACCCCAUCGCUAGCAUGGUGAUUCGAACGGAGAAAAACACGAUCUGGGCCAUCACGGUGCUGUGGGUGGUGAUUAUCACGACGGCGCUUCCGGUUUCAUUCGCACACGGAGUCAAUAAAAUUCAGUACCGAGACCGGGAUCUGGCCUCCUGUACGUUUCUAGAGAACGAGCAGUUCUCCCGCGUUGCCUUCCACAUUGCGUUCUUCUCCAGCUCCUACCUGGUGCCGCUGGUGCUGAUUAGCGUCCUGUACAUGUGCAUGUUGUCCCGGCUGUGGCGGACUUCGGUUGGCGGACGGUCAGCGGAGUCGAAAAAAAGCAAAAAACGCGUCACCCGGCUGGUGGUGGUCGUCGUGACGGCCUUUGCCUCGCUGUGGUUCCCAAUACAGGUCAUACUGGUACUGAAGAGCGUGGGAGUGUUCGUUUCGGAUUCGUACUUUAAGAUAUCGCUGCAGAUUAUAUCGCAUGUGCUGGCGUACACAAGCUCCUGCAUUAAUCCCCUGCUGUACGCCUUCCUCUCGGAGAACUUCCGGAAGGCAUUCCGAAAGAUCGUCUACUGUGGACCGAGCAGCCGGUGGCAGGACAAUACCCGGCACAUGCCGCUUCCAACGAAAACAACGCGCACCGGUAGUGGCCAAGGACAGGACAUUUUAUAACCGGAAAUGGAGCAAACAUCCGUCACAUACUUCUAGAAGGUCUAUUAAUCAACAUACUAUCCUGCGUUGCGUCUUCGAAUUGCGUUGUUCCUGUUGUUUGGGAGCGCUAAUACGUGGACAAUUUCCCGAUUUCAAUGCUGUCACCUUUUAUCAGCACCACUAAACAGGAUGAACCCCAUAUUUCACACUGCUACUAAGUCCUAUCAGCAUCCGGAAGCAAAUUCUUUCCACCUUCGCCUUUGCUGUCGUCCUCUUCGUGUUAGCCAUCGGAGGGAUUUCCGUUGGCUUCAAAUUGACUCCGAGGGAUUUUCGCACAAGCAAAAAGGUUUCACCAUCCUUCAAGCGAGCCGAUCCGGGAUGGUACAUAGUUGGAUGCGCAUACGCUAGCUGGUGGAAAUAUUCCUGUUGAUUCUGCUAAUUGCUCCUUCGGCCGGAACACUAUCCGUACAUUGCUGACGAGCGGACGGCGAACUUGCAAAGAUUGCACCGAGUUAUGUAGUGAACUGCUUCGAAGGAUGCAAUUGCACACAGCUGCGGCCACAAAACGGAUAAUUAGCCACCUUUCGCCAAAUCGGCAUAAACGACGAAGACGACGAUGGUGCUGAUGAUGAAGGCAGUGUGAUCCCCACCUUUUUCUGUAUGGCUUUGAAGAGAGAAAAAAAAUGCUGUAAGUGCUCCUCUGUACUCCCACGUUUUUCGUAAUUGCAGGCUGCAUUUUUUUACGUUACCUUUUGCUUGCUUGGAAGUUUAGAGAUAUUUAUCAUGAUUAGUGCUGGGUAGAUCAUCUCUGGAAGGAUGCUAAAAAAAUACGACUGACGCAAGGUGCUAGCUUCUGCGCUCAGAUGACAAACCAGUCCGAGAAUGGCCCGUUUCACUGGAUACGUAAAUUAGGUGAAGAUUUAUGACACUACUAGACAGUUACACCGGAAGCAUUUCGAUGAGAGGAAAGCCGUUGUAUAUAUGAGUCGGGAAAAUGAACUGAAGGAUACAAACAUUGACAUCGAAAUAGUCUCUGCACUUGAAGCCAAAUAGUGUUCCGUUGGUCUCCUUAUUUCAUCGAAACAGAAAUCAUAGAAAAAAUAACACCUAGCAGUGGUUUUGUAGAUAGAUAGAUUAUUGUAAUUCUGUAGCUAAAAAAACUAAAACUUUUGUAGGUGAAUGUUAUGGUAAGUUUUUUAACUUCUGAUAGAGCGUCAAACUGCAUUGAUCGAGAACCAACUUGUUCACCCACACACUAAUCUAUGGAUGUUAAAGAAAAGAGACAGAGAUUAUUUAAAAACAAAAUUCCGCAAGUCAACUAAAUAGAAUAUUAUAAACACUGAUAGUAGAGCGUAGUUAAUGUUAAUGAUUAAUGUUUAUAUAUCAAUUUUGUUAUUUAACCGGCUCAGAGUUUUAUUAGUAAAGCGAGAUUUUAUUGCGAUGGCGCUGACGAGCACGACAAUGAUGCGGUGAUUAUGCAAACGUGACCAACUUGAGCCCCAGAAUUUUUCAAACUUUCUUUGCAGUUUUGCUAGCACGCUUUAAUUGGCAAGCCAAUUUCUGGCCAUGAUAAUUUAAUAUUUUUUAUAAUACUGUGCAGUUAUUAUUUCUGUUACUCUAGUCAAAUCAGGAUUAGUGUGGAAUAACUUUGUUAGACUGCUGAAUUAUCGAUUUAAUUUUUCUUACCCUCCAUUAUCGUGAAACUUUGGUAGUAACGAAAACGACAAUCAAGUCCAUUUUUUCUUGAAACUUUUGCCACCGGAACCAAGUUGAUGCCCAGUGGCAACAAUGUUGUACAUCGUGAGUUUUUCUUUCCUCGAUGCGACCUCUUAGCGAUGGGACAGCUAAGUACUCAAAUAAAUAGGCGGUGACAAACAAAGAUUAUGGUUUUCUAUGGUUAUGUGGGUGAGUGUUUUAAAGUUAGAAAAAAAACUUAGCGAAGUUAAAUUUGAGACAGACUAUUGGCAUUUGGAUUCGACCCCUGGAUAAUUUCGUGCCGUCGUUCCCGAAGUAGUUUUGAUUCAGUUGUUACGUUCUGAUGAUGAUGAUGAUGAAAGCUUAAUAAAAAAUCAGCCAUUAUCACCGGUAUAAUAAAAAUAAGCUAACAACACAUUUUUAUUAUAUGGAUUUUGUAAUUUUACACAGCUACAGAUUAUUAUUUUCAACCGAAAUUCAACGACCUUAAAAUACAUUAUUUAUAGGUUGUAAAUAUUUUUGAUAACAAUAAAAAGAAGAUAUAUGAAAUCACCUGCGGGGAGUGAGCUGAUAAAGUAUGUAAAUUUCACACCCCGUUAUUAUAAAAUGUCAUGUAUUUUGUGUCAUUUUGGCUGAGAACCCUGAAUACUGAUUGAUAACCGUCGAAUGAUUAAUUGGACUGCCUUUUUUCAGAGCUUUGCUCCUAGCCGUGGGUGGCCAAAAUAAGUUAGCAAAAUUUGCCUCAAUUGUUCAAGCUGGGCCAUGGAAUAACUGGACAUGACUUCAAAACUUUUCACACCCAUCCAUUCAUUCAAGAGAUUCAAGUUCAAGAGCAGGAACAAAAAAAAAAGUUUUACCAUUCACAUUCACCUGCUACAACUAACAAUACCCACAUGGUUUCAACCUCAAUCAUUCGUCUCGAAACUUUUUGCCGGCACGCGAUCUCCAUCACGUGUUCCUAAUCAAUCAAGCCACUUUCAGUUUCCGGUCCCAUCAUCCAUCAAAUCCUUAGGGUCUGAGUGGUAAGCCUGAACAGCAUUCUCAAUGUAAACUACAUUCAUGUAUGCUGAAGAAUUUACUAUGAGAGUUCUUGGUACGGAACGGGAACUAUCAUUUCGCUAACGCGAAAGCGAACGUGCCUUGGCUACCACAAACAUACAUUUAACGAGUAGCUGGGGAAUUUCUAUAACGCACAGUGGUCUGGAACUGCAUGAAGCCGGAAAAAAGUCAAUUUUUUAACAUAAUGCAUCGAGCAAGCCCUAUUCGGGAAUCAUUUCUUCAGAGUUUAAGCUAGUGGAAAAUCAUCAGAAUGUUGGGAUUAUUAAUGUUGUCAUACAUUUAACUUAGUUGAGAAAAUUGGCUUCUUGUGCACUCACGAAUUCUCAAUUUGUACGUUGUUUACGAUUUAUUACAGAAUGCAGAAGUACAAUAGUGUCAAAUUGAUUAUAUGGCCUUACUAUAGCAUUCUUACAACUUCAGUUAUCCUUUUUUAGGGUUGUUUCAAGGGAAUAAGCUCUCCACAAAAUAAGUAUAAAAAAAUAUUUGGCACUCCAACUUCGUGUAGAGUUUUAAAUGGUAAUGUGAGCUUAGAACGCCACUCAUAAAAUUAAAAUUCAAACUACCUAAAUGUUGAUAGCCGUUACGCAUACCUUAACUUUGUUUAAUAUACCUGGAUCGUGAAGUUCGAGAUUUUCCGGAGUUUUCUUCUUCAACAUGCUAUAAGUAGCCGUACAUCAAGUUUUUUGAGAUUGUUUGCUAAAUUUCUCAAAAAAUACAUCAGGUACUAACUUCAUAUCCAAGAAAGAGUUUCUCAAAAUACAUUCUCUACAAACUUCCUUUAGACAUUAUCCUUCUAUUUUGCUUCCUUGAGAAGUUAGUGACAGCGCUGCCCCAGUGGUGAAAUUUUGAACUACAUGGCCAUUACCAAAAGUUGACCAAUGGUUUCACGAUCAACUUUCGAGAAGACAUCGCUCAUCUAGGAGGCAACCCUGAGAAGUUAUUAAUUUCGCCCUGAUUUCAGUCCUUUCCGACCACUGUGUUACGGCGCGAUUCGGUCGGAAUGAUGUUCUUGCCUCCUGCUGGAUGGUUACACACUCAUAUUUUCCCAUUUUCUAGUUCCCCGGCCAAAGUAAAUGUACACAGAUAGCUAGCAAAACCAAAGAACGCGAGGCACGGCAAUGGUUGGAUAUUGGCCGCUUCGAAGCGAGUGGACCCGAGUUUAAGGAAGGACGAAUUUUUAUAGUAACAUUGCGGGUGGUCGCGGUUUACUUUUUUGCGGGGAGAAUGCUUUAUGAGCGUUGAUCGCACCGCAAAAUGCGGAAGAGUUCGGGCAAGUAAAAAUGGAAUUUCAUAAUUUUUUUCGUAAGAAACUAAUUUUUCUGUCCUGAUGAUUGGAAAGCGAUUGUGAGCGGUUGCUUGCCCUUAACUUUGGAGCACUGAACGAUAUUAAUGUAAGUAAAAAGUCUUAUUUUUCACAUUUUUUUCCAAUAACACGGUCUUUGUAUGAGCUAUCUUUUUGUGCCAUUUGCAAAGUUGUGUAUUUCUUUUUUUUUAUUUUUUAAUCUCGCUUAUUUUCCGUCGGUCUAGUUCCGCCACUGUUGUGGCCAACCACCGACGCCCAGGGAGGUGACUCCACACCCAGGACCCUAACUCACGACCCGUUUAUUAACGGACCGGCGCCAACGGCUUUACUUCCUCAUGCGAUGGAAGGCGUGAUCCCAGAGAUUUUUCGCCUCAGAAAAUCUUCCGGUGUCGGCUAGGAUUGAAUCUAGACCAGUUUGGGUUGGUUGUGAGUGGAUCACGCCACCUCACAACCAUCGACACCUAUGUCGGCGGUGGGAUUCGAACCCAGGCGUCGAGCGUGGUUGGCGGAGACGUUACCAACCAACACUAGGCCCCCGCUAUAAGUUGUGUAUUUCAAUUAUAUACAAAUUUAUGCCGGACAUUUUUGCCUCCCAAGUUGUACAAAUUGGCAUAUUUGAUGCCUUCGGGCAUGUUUGGGACGUGUCCGAAUUGAGUGAAAAUAAUUAACGCCUGAUAUUUUUUGUUUUUUGUUUUUAAGAUUUGACCACUUUUCUCAUCAGAAAAAAUUUUUGGCUACGACAUUGCAUCACUCAAGUAAAAUAACAAAUGGAAAUAGUAUUUUAUGUCGGUAAAUCGCAAAUUUGAACAUAUUUUUUGUGAUUCGUUUAUCCGAAAAAGUUCGAUUAUCCAGAGUGAAAUUUUUUUUGACACAGUUUAGAAUCAAAACUUAUUGUCAUUCUCUGAGGGUUCGGAAAUAUCAUUAUUGGGAAGCUUUUUAGAAUUUUCUUCAAUUUUACCCAAAUUGGGAGAAGGCUGAAGCCAUCAUCGUGUAUUCAAAUUCAGCGUUAUACACCGAUAUUUGUUUUCUUUUUCUGAAAAUGUUAUCAGAUACCGAUUUAUGGUUUCUAGGUGUGAAUCUGAUCUGAUCUGAUGAUCUGAUUUCAGUAAUACCAUUAUUGAACGCAUUUAGGCAUUUUUAUUCCGAAAUUACUUUCUGGUUCCGGGUAUUCCAGUAUUAGAGAGAUUUUGUAUUUUUAUCUUAGUUUUAUACAGCUUACCAGUUAUUAAAACUCGCCAUCUUGAAUUUUAAAAAUUUCGUCAGACAUCAUGUUUCGGUAUUUAGAAAUCAAACUCCAGCCACCAGUGAGAUCCAAAAUAUGUAACUUAAGAGUAAAAUUUAUGGUGAAAAAAACCAUCCGAGCGCCACUUUUAGUAAACCUCGUACAAUUUUAACAUAUGUGAAAAUCGAAUUUUCGAAUUUCGUUUAGAAGUAGUGCUCAAAAAUUUCGUCUUCUCGAAACAAUCCUUCAUGCAAAAUUUCAGCUCAAUUGAACUUUGGGAACACGUGCUGCAAAGCGAUCAAAGUUUAACGAAAAAUAUCGAUGAAAAAAAAGGACACAGGUUCAUGAAACUGUCGAUAUCGAAAAAUUUUUGAUGCCAAAUGUCCUAGAAAUGCAUAAAACGUCUGGUGUUAUCGAAAAAUUUGACUUCCUGGCAUUUAGAAAAUUGGCGUGCUUGAAACCAAUUAUUAUUUAUUUUUAAGGGCCUUUUAACUAAUCGUCAUUCGGUUACACGGACCCGAAAAUUACAAUACCACCUAUAUUUAUAUCAUGUUCUCUCUUAUCCUUAUAAGUUAAAUUUUGUGAAAGAUACCAAUCUUUUUUAUAAAAUUCAAAACUUGUGAGACCCUGUUGGUGUCGUCAGCUAAAGCUUCUCGAAUGUUGGCUGGAAGUCCUGGAAGUUGCUGCUCUUUCUGCGUCGAGAGAUGGACACUUAAAACCAAUGAAAUAUAUGUGAAAACUUUGACCUUAGAAUUUCGUUAAAAAGUAAGGCUCAAAAGUUUCGUCUUCUCGGAAAGAGUACCUAUGCAAAGUUUGAGGUCAAUCAAGCUUUGGGAACCUCCAAGCAACUACGUAAUUGGUUGCUUCAUCAAUCAUCCAACUGUUCCCGUUGAAGAGAUGGUUUUAUUCUCAUGCAUGAAAGCAGCACAGGCAUGCAGCUCGCAUUCAAUUCCAAUUCGGUUUCUGAAACAGGAGCGUCAGAUGCAGUUAAGAACUUAUUUUCCGAGUGAUGAUGCACUUGCAACUAUACAACUUUUUCAAGUUCCGUCAUUCUCACUUCUACGUUUACGAAGCUGGUCGUUUGUUUCUCUAAGGCCAAACGAAUGCAGAAGAAGUUACACCUGCCAGCAGCAGCCAGCCAAGAAUUAAAUCUGUCAAGUGUAUUUUUGUCUUUAACGGACAUCAAUUCGAGAUUGAGUAACCAUCUUCUGCUGUCGGUCGCGAUAUAGCAGAAAACAGUUUUCGACUGUAGAAUAGACAAAGUGGAUGGUAGCUGCUGUAAAAUCAGCAGCAGAAGUGCUCAUUUACUAACUGAAAUGAAAUUCGGUUUUUGUUUGAUGAUUGGGGGCAAUUGUUCCAAUUUUAUCACAGUCUUUCUCAUGACAAACAAAUCUACAAUUGAAAAUUUAAUGAAUUUUUUCACAUAAUUCUAGAUAAGAACUAAUAUAUGGUGGUGAUAGCUCGAGUAUUGGCACACUGUCUGUCCCCUACUCUACAGGAUAAAACUCAAUUAAUGACUAAAACUCACCGUGACGGGGUAGUUAUGUGCUGAAUAUGUCAUCACAAUGAGAACAAAUAAUAUUACAGCGGUGAUGAAAUUGAAACAAAUGACUGUGUCAAGUAGCAAUCAAGGACGUGGUAAUUUUGGUUUUCUACCCUCUCGUUGACUGUUCGCUGCACUAGGUCCUUGUUGUCCUACGUCAAUAGUGCGGUUGUGUGUCAGAUAUAACUUUUUACUUUUUGUCAAACGAAAGUCUUACCAAAGGAAAUCACAAGUUAAAGAGAGAGAGAGAGAGAGAGAGAGAGAGAGAGAGAGAGAGAGAGAUAAGCAUUGGAAACUCAAAGUGUGUUAUGAAGCUGGAUUUCAUAUGCAAGAUUUAUUCUCAAAAUAACUGACUUUUUCAUUCGAAUCGUUUAAUCGGCGGUGAUAAUAAAAGUCCAAACGAAUAACAUAGUGAAUCGCAAAGUUUUGUGGAGGCUUUAAAUUUCAAAUUAUUAAAUCUUCCAUUCAUUUGUUUGAUUGUCCUAAAAAGGACAGUUUGUUGUUCAAUUUAAAAUCGGAUAUGACGCUGAUUGCACCUCUGCACAGUGGGGCGACUCCAUACAAAGGCUGGCCAAGCAAAAAAAAGUGCCGAUAAAUGCGACAAAAACUUGGUAUUUACAUAAUUUUGGGGCGCUGAACACGAAUUUGGCAUCCAAUUUUUGUUUGGGGCCGUCCAGAAAGCACGAGAUUCAAUUUUUAAUAUUUUUUGGCACUUUUUUCCUUUUUUAUAGAAUUAUAUGAUCUUUGACCACAAGUAAUGCCACCGGGCGUCCUCACCAUUGAAAAAUAUACGUAAUUUAUUGACGACCCCUCGAACUGAACAAAUUUUGCCUACAUAUAUAUAUUUUUUAAAAUAAACUAAAACAACAUAAGUAAUACAAACCAAUUACAAAUUGAAAAAAUCAUCAUCAUCAUCAUCAUCUUUCGCUGUGAUCGCUUUAAUCUCGUGUUAAAUUGAAUUUCCAGAAAAUUUGAAGUUCAUUGUACUUAUCAGCAGAAAAAAUGUCUUACGCUGCAAAUAUCAUUUCUUCUAGUGAUUUUCGAUGUUUCAUCGUUUCAUAUAUAUGUUAUCUUCCUAAUCCGGUUUCUAUGGUUACAAGAGGUCAUUCAAAUACGUGUAUAACACCAUGAAUUUACAACUUACUAAACAUUGAAUUAGGUGGUGCCGCUGAAGUUGAAGGCUCCAUAAUACAAUUCAACGAAUUUAUGAAUUUGAAAACCAAGCCACUGGAAUGACACAACGUUCUAAAUGAAUACGAAAAGAUGCGGAGGGCGACGACUGUUCUUUGUUUUUUUCUCAUAAAGCAAAAUGUGUGCUUUACUUUUGUAUGCAAACGAGUGCGAAGCAAAAGCAAUCUUCAAACGGGCUAUUGUUAGCCGGAGUUUGAUGGUAUGAAUUUGCUGCUAGUAUUUGACACUUCAAUCAGUUUAGCAAAUUUCAUGAUCACAAAUUGAAAAGGGCUGAAUAUUUUUAAUAUUGUUUUAAAUUUGCAGAAAGUGAUAAAGUUUGACAUAAUUAGAAUUUCAUAAAGAUUUGUUUACUGUUUUCUUGUUUAACUCUUAUUUUAUAACUUUUCAUUGAUAAAUUUUGUGAUGUUUGCCCAAAUUUUUAUUUUAUUUUUACGAAUUGAGUACGGUAUCAUAAAUUUUCAUUAAUGGGGUAUCAUGGCUAUGAUUAAAAUUAAUCCUGGAUAAAAUUUCAACUUCAAAAAUUAAAACUAAAAAAAUUUGCUAUCGCUCUUUUAACUAAAGUGACAAUUUGCGCAGUUUUGCGCUACAGCGGACAGUAUGCAUUUGAAAGCUUACGUUUUUACCUAAAUUUUGAAUGUAGUCACAGCCGUGGCAAACUGCGGCAACUAAACUUUUAAGCUACUUUUCUACGAAAAAUCACGUUUUUGUAAUUUUUUUUAGUGUCAGGCCUACUAUAACCAAAUUUAACAAAAUCUAACGAAAAGAGUUUGUUUUGAACAAUAUUUACAACAACUUUUCCUUUGAUGUAAAAAAAAUCCAAGCUAUCAUUGAAGCUACAGAGCGUUUCAAAGUAUUGUACUUUUUUCAAAAAAAAGACAAAAAUCGUCAGUUCGCCAAGCUUUAAAAAGUCAUAAAAAAUUCGGAUUUUAUGAUAUUGCGCCCAAAUUUUGGAUUUAGACACUUGAAUAUUAUAGCAAUAAAGGAAAAAUAUUAUGAAACAGCUAACGAAAAAAAUUUUUUUUGGCUGAUGGCCAGCGAUUCCCCACUGUGCUCUUUGUUACCCCGACAGCGGGAGUCAUGGUGAACUUGCGUAUGACUGAUGCUGCCCGCUACCGCACAAAACAGCAUUUUUCUAAAGGAAGCGCCGCUACAUCAGCUGGCCCUGCUAUUAUCGAUGCUGAUACCUGCUGCAACUGCUACUAUCCACUGCUGUAACUACUGCUAAGUGAGGGCUGCUGUUAUCGCUGUCUAGAACUAGUAUGAGCAGCUUAAGCUGAAACGGGCUCUUAUAUAGGCCAAAUAGCACAUUUCGAACUACUAGGGUCUAAAAUUCUGUCGCCGUGCUUGGGAAAGCAAUAAUUAAACGGCCAAUCAGAUCAAUCGAAAUUGGCGUUUUAACAAGGAUUGGUCAUUUCCAUUAGUAUAGUUGCUAGCCAUAUUAAAGCUUGACAAUUUUUAAGGUUGAGAUUGUGUGGAAACAUAACUUUUAUGCAAAUAACAACAGAAAUAACAACAGAACAGAACAACAGAAUCUUCUAAAUAUGGGUCUCAAUUACUCAGCUCCCGCGAAACCGAACAUUGAACAAUCGAUCAUUGACAUUGAAACAGGUAUCGAUAGUUGCAAACUUUCUUCAACACAAGCUAGUGAGGUACGCCAAAUUUUUUUAAAUGUUGCCAAAACGAUUCCACGCCAUAAAAGUUCACUUGAUACAAAGGUCAUUAAAGAGUUGCGCGACAAACAAGUUUUCUACUUGGAAGCAGACAAGGGUAAUAAAACUGUCAUCAUGAACAAAACUGACUAUGAUGAACAGAUGACCAAAAAAAUUUAUAACGGUCCAUAUUUUAAACUACGAACUAAUCCACUUGCUGAGAUAGUGAAACGAGUUGAGAACACAAUUAAAGAAUGCAAACCCACUUUGGGCGAUACAUUACAACAUCUUCGAGUUUCAAAUCCAGUUCUUCGAAGAAUGAAAGGCUUACCAAAAAUCCAUAAACCAGGAAACGAAAUGAGGGAAAUUAUUUCAGCUGUAGGGGCUCCAACAGAAAAAAUAGCAAAGUGGUUGGUAAAAGAGUUUCAAGCCAUGCCCAGUAAAUUCCCAAGUCGAUCGGUUAAGAGUACGGAAGCUUUCGUUGAAAAUUUGAAAUCUUCGGGUAACAUUGAAGCGAAUGAGAUAAUGGUCUCGUUUGACGUGACGGCUUUAUUUCCGAGUGUUCCAGUGAAUGAAACCUUGAAUCUUCUCGAGGAUUGAUUAGUUCUUCAAUAUACUGAUAGUACUUGGAAAAAGAAAGUCGUGAGUCUCAUGAAACUAACCCGCCCUUGUAUGAAAAAAAAUUAUUUCACUUUUCGAGGUAAAUUUUACAAACAAACAAAAGGUGCUCCAAUGGGAAAUCCUCUUUCUCCCUUCUUAUUAAAAAUAUAUAUUCUUAUUAUUAAAUAAAGCAGGAGUUUACAAAGUUGCUUGUUGCCACUGCAACAAGGUUUAUAUUGGGCAAACCAAAAGAAACCUGGGAAUCCGUUUCAAAGAGCAUAUGGCAGAAGUCAUCUAAGCAUGCAAAGUUUCCAAAAAUGAUCCACCACACCUUUUCAAAUCAAAAGUGGCUGAACAUGUCUUUAAUGAGGGACAUCUACUAACUUCGGAUAACAUUCACCUGCUUCGCCCCGUUAAUAAUUUAUGGAAACUGGACGUAUCUGAAAGUUUAGAAAUCUACAAACAUCAUCCAUCAACACUGUUCAAUAAAGACGUAGGUAAUCAUUUUUCAUGGCUUUUCAAAAUACUACCAAAAAAACCCUAGAUCUAGUACAGGACAAAAACAACCACAACAUAUGAUUACCUAACUUCAAUUUAGGAAUUUUCCGUCUACCUACUUCUAUCUACACGCAUAUAAAAAGGGGUUACUCAGUUAUGCUCUUCAAUAGUCCACAUAAGCACUGAUGGUGGUUGCAUGUAGCAGCCGAAAUACGUAUCUGCGGACGGUAUUCGAUUAAAGGGUAUUCGAUUUUUUGUAGUAGAAUUAAAUGAAAACAUAUCCUAUUCUCAAUAUUCAACUUUUAUGCAGAUAACAAAAGUUGUCCGGAGUUGCAUAUUCGGUAGCGAAGGAAAAGAUAAUUCAAUACGUUCUGAGGCAUGAAGAUUAAGUCAAAUUUAUAACUGUUCCGUCAUUUGAAAUGAAGUGUGAAUUAAUUCAAGAGAAAAUAUUGACUCUUCAAUUAGGCACUUAAUUUAUCCUGAAAAGACAAUUCGCUGUUUCAUUCAAUAUCGGAUAACAUGCUGAUCCCAUGUUUGCGUUAUCACUGACAAUACGAAUAACGAUGAAAAGCUCUUUUGGCUCUCAAAACUAGACGACUCAUGAUUUUGAACACCAGCCUUCCAGAACGUUGGUAUGUUGUCAGAUUUAGGCAAAUUCUCAUUGUAUGCAUUUACUACUGAUGCUACCCGCUACCGCACAGGCUCUUUUAUAGGCCGAAUAGUACAUUCCGAAUUAGCCUUGGUGCAACAUUCCGUAUCGGAACCCGGCCUUCUGUUUAUUAUACAUAGACUUCGCAGCCAACUGUUAGUGUACAGGACAAUGGCGGGGCUAGCGCUACGAUUCUCUUACUGACACUAACAGUCUCUCCCGAACCGGGAUUCGAACAUACGACGACUGGCUUGUUGGGCCAGCAUUGUACCUCGAGACAAGUUAGAAGAAUUACCGAAUUCCUAGGUCUAUAAUUCCGUCGAACUUGCUUGGGAAAGCAAUUAUAUAACGACCCAUCAGAUAUCGAAUUCAGCGUUUUGACAUGGCUUGACAGUUUUCAACACUACAAUAGUUUGAAUAAUAAAAUCACAAUUUUCUGCAUUUGGGAAGAUUCUUAGAAGAUUUCCCAAUCGAUUACUGCAAGAACGAAGAGAUUCCAUCGAAAACUAACCGAUUUAUUAGCAUUUGAAAUUGGACAUAUUUUUCCCUUUUUUCGGUUUGAGAUUUUCAUUUUACAUCCCUAUGUAGCCGAACUUCCUGAGAAACGUAGUUCUACGUCAAAAGAAACAGAACCCCUGCAUAAGAAGCACUGCUAUAAUACAGUUUAUUGAUAUUCUUAAUUCAUUGUUUGGCGAUAGAAAAAGAAAAUUUUAUAACAAUAAACACAUUCUUUAUUGUUACUGUUUACUACAACCGUGGUCAAUGUUGGUCUUGCUGGUUACUGGCGCCCAACACCAGUUUUUUCCUCAGAAAAGUUUUUGUUAUGAUUUUCAUCUAUAGAACGUAACUAAUUCUGAACUAGGUCUACGUUCUUUACUGGAGUACUUUCUCUAUAAGAAAAUAGUAGGAGGGUGAUAUUCAAGACACGACCGCAUGACGUUGACUACCGUAUUUUUAUAUUCCAUUAAAACAAAUAGUAGAGGGAGUUGCCGAAUAUAUUCUGGUUUCCUGGUUAGUCCGUCCAGAAUUCCAGCCAUUUUAAUAUUUUGCAGUAAUCAUGUACUACUAACAGCCACCAGCAUUACGAGUGAAGCCGGCACGAGAUGACCGGCACUAUUUUGUUUUUCUCCUUUUAGCUGCUAACACCUAGCGUCCGUAUGUAAUCGGUACGGUUUAGUAAUGAAACUGAUGGGGUGAAAUGUUCGAACGGUACAUUUUAUACCAAGGCUUCGUCAGUUAGUUAGAAAGAAGGAGGGGCUAAGUAAAGAAUGGAUUGACUAGAAACGCAAAUAAACAUCGGAAACAAAAAAUGACAACAACAAUAACAACAAAGUCAGAUCGAUUGUAUCCGUUGGUGUCGACUGUUCAUGGGAAGAGAGGUAGUGAUCGGCUGCGCGGUAUGAUUUAGACAAUCGAUAUUAAUUACCAAUUUUUCAAUAGUGUAUCUCAAACAAUAGUUUGCUUUUGUUACAUAAAUUUAACCGGAAAAGAAUUUCUGAUCGAUUGAUGCCGAAACCUCGAAAACCUGAUUAUGAAUGACUAAAAAAUAAGCGCUCAAAAUCUUACCACUUUUCCCUGGUUUUCCUUGGUUGAAUUACUAAAUUUUCAAAUUCAGGUGCCUAACUUCGAUAUAGACGUUAGUCAAUGUCAAAAUAAAACCGCCACGGAGAUUACAUCAGAUUUUAAAUAGUAAUAAGUGUUUAAUAACAUGCGGGAUUGUAGUAAUCUUUGUGGUAUUGUGAUACAUUAUUUAAAAGUAUGACUUCAUUAUUUAGCGAUGACAACACAAAUUAAGAGUUUAAUAGUCGAGCCACGCCAUCCACAGGCGUCAAGUGUAGACAGCAACUGCCUCCUUGUCCCAACAGGUCAAAUACCGUAUUCUUCUUUGAACUUACGCCAAUUUGAUAUUCUGAAGCCGAAGCUUUCUUCGAAAAGUUUGUACCUAUCUUCUUUGGCACAUAAUUAAACAAUCUGCUGUUGGAACUUUUUAUGAGUCUUGUUAAGGUUUCUUUUGCUUUCGUUCGGAACCACGUAAAAGAGUAUUUAACUGCAAGUUUAUUUAACUAAAAAUCAAUAAACGUUUAUGUAGCCGGAAGUUAUAGCUGGAUUGCUAAUGGUAGUUCCUUUCAUUGAUUUAUAUUCAGCAAAAAUGAUAAUAAUAAUCUGAAUGAAUGAAUGCAGCUAAGAGGCUGUUUGUCAGAAGGGUAUGCUCCAAAUAUGGAUUGGGUUGUCAACGCAUAAAUUUUGAUUUCGUUCGAAUAGAAAUUUUGAAUUUGACACGUAUUCUUUAAGAUUUUUAAAGUAAACAUCCAUUUUGAACUCGAUCUAAAACUAUAGAUAAAAAAAAACUUAUCUCUAGUUGCUAUUCAUAGCCAGUUGAGAAUUUUUUAUAAAAUUAAAAGCAAUCUUUAAGUUAAAUUUAAACGAUAAAUUACAUCACUUUUAACUCUAUGCAAUGUUUCCUACUAGAUUAGUCGUUUUAGUCACUUUCUAGGUUAUUUUUAGCGUUGCUUAUUAGCGCCAAUCAAAACAUUGCAACAUGCAAUACUCUAUUUAUUAUUUAUGCUGAGCUCCACAAAACGAAAAAAGACAGUACAUUUUAUUUCAUUCCAAUAUGUGCCAUUUCAUUUGGAAAAGCUUUAACAUUGGAACAAAUUAAAAAAAAAAUUGAAACUUUGAAAAAUUCAUAAAUCAUGUUUGCAUUUUACCGACAAAAAACAACACACUAUUUGAAAUAAGUAAUAAAUUCCGUUCUAACCUCGAUCGCAUACGUCAAUAAAAUAUAUUACAUCCCGAUUUACAUACACGCUAGAAAAGUAAAACCCAGAGCGAACCGCACAGGAACAAAAACAGUACCGAAUCGCUGUGAGCAAAAUGACACAUUAUGUCGGUACAGCAUAUUGCCUGGGCAAAAAAAUAUUCACCAGGAAGCAUUCUAUUUCACACAUAAAAAAAAAUAUCGCAGGAAAUUGCCUCACUAGCCGUGGUACAUACGUUAAGUCUAAUUACCAUAGAACAAACCGGUAACACCUAAUAAAGAAAGUUACGAUUUGCAGACCGAAAGCACAACGGCAAAAUGCGCUCAGUAAAGUUGACGAUAAACCCAAGCUAUCGAUUACCCGCUAGGAUAGUGAGUUAUAUACAAUUCGGAUGCAGGAAUGAUUUGGAAAUCCAAAGAACCAAAAAAUGAAAAUGAAACCGACAAACAAGGUAGCAAUUUGUAUAAACGUUUUGGCAAAGUUUAGCACUUUCCCAGUGUACAUACAGAGUUUCGAACUAAUUUUUUUCAAAACUUUUUGAGAAAAAAAAAGAAAA